CCUACAGUACCAUCCAUCCUACCAUCCGUCCCACCACACUAGCAAUGUUUGUACAGGGACUUCUGUUAGUAUCAUGGCUAGCGUCUUCUACAGCGGGCCUCGGCACGGCCGGAGUCCCCAUCUUCGACCUCGCCCGACCCUUCUGGGACAACGCGUGCGGCGUCGCCUCCGCCCCGGAACCCACGGACCUCGACACCCCGGACGACGCGGACCUGGGGGACCAGGUCAGUUGGCACGAGCAGCUCGCUAAGAGUCUGCAAAAGGUACGACACCAACUCAAGACUGCCCGGGACCUCCUCGUCUAUAGAGAGUUCGACAAACUGUAUAUAGAGGUGAAGCGUGGGGUGUUAGAUCGUCAGUACAUCCCCAACUGGGUACCCAGCAAAGGUGACGUAGAAGCUCUACUGGCCACUGAGACGUUCACUGCCAACGAGCUUGCCAGACAAUUGCCUGUUCUGUUGAAAGACCUGCAGAAGUUCGCCGUGGCGUUCGAGCAGAUUUACCGAGAUGAGUACAAAAGCUACGACUACUCGCCGAGAGAGCAAGCAUUGGAACAGCUGAUCGGAACAUUGAGACUGGUCCUGUGCGAGGUGGAGUCAGCUCUGUGGUCCCUGGACUUGUCGUUCGGUCCCUCGGUGUCCCGUGACAUGAUGGCCCCCUCUGAGAGAGACAUCGCCGACUUCACACACAGGAUGAUCCGAGACAACGGAGUGCUGUUCAAAUACCGCGACUUCCUCAGCGGCUGGAACCGUCUCAUCCGCGUCAAGCAAAUAGUUCAAGCGUUGAAAAAGUAA